AUGUCGACCGCGGAAGAACUUAUGCGCGACUUUGAGGAUGAUGAGGAAGAUUUCCAGCAUGACGAAGAUCUCGACGACCAAGAGCAGGAAGAUGAGCCAGAAGCCCCCAAAGAUGGCGCCGAAGUGACCAACGAGUUUGAUCGCUCAAUAACAACUGGUGAUGAACUUACUCGACUACACAAAGUCCUGCGCGACCACUACUCUAUCCGAUUCCCCGAACUCGAAACCCUCGUCACGAGCCCUAUCAAGUAUGCGAAAACCGUGGCAAUUCUCAAAAAUGGCCCCUUCGAUGAUAUUAAAGCCCUCUCAAACUCUGCAGACAACUUGGUGGGAGAUUCGCUCAAGUCUGUACUGGAUGGCCCGUCUCUUAUGGUUGUCGCGGUGGAAGGAACCAGCACCCGUGGCCGCGAGAUGACCGAUGCAGAAUUGAAGAUGGUCAUGGAUACUUGCGAAAAGAUCAUUACUCUCGAUCGCGAACGCACAGCUCUCACAGAGAGUAUUCGGUCUCGUGUGCAUCAGAUUGCCCCCAAUCUAGCGACACUUAUAGGCGCUCAAACUGCUGCCCAGUUUCUUAACCAGACCGGUGGCUUGCUCGAUCUGGCGAAAAUUCCCGCAUGCAAUUUGGGCGCACAAGGAUCGAGAAGACAAGAUGGAUUGGGAUUUGCUACGAACCAUGGUGUGCGGUCACAAGGCUUCCUGUACGACUCGCCGCUCAUCCAAGAGGUUCCCAAUGAUCUGAAAAAGCAAGCUAUCCGAAUUGUCUCCGCAAAGAUGGUUCUCGCAACUCGUGCCGACGUUUCGGGCUAUGUCAAGGAUGGAUCCUUCGGCGAGGAACUGAAGGAACAAUGUUUCAAGCGACUGGAGAAACUGACCGAGGCUGCACCUAAUGCUUCAACCAAGGCCCUUCCAGCUCCGGAUGAUAAGCCAUCCCGGAAGCGCGGUGGACGACGUGCACGCAAGGCCAAGGAGGCUAUCGCCAUGACCGAGAUGCGCAAGGCCCAGAACCGGGUUGCUUUCGGCAAGGAGGAAGCAGAAGUCGGAUAUGGUACCGGCGAAGGCACUGUCGGUUUGGGUAUGCUUGGUCAACAAAAUGAUGGACGCAUUCGUGCUACACAAAUCGACCAGCGAACCCGUGCCAAACUCAGCAAGAACAACAAGGGCUGGGGUGGAUCGACUCCCGCCGGUGGGACCGCUUCCUCAUUACGUGGCUUCGGCCAGGGAGGCAUGAGUGGAACUGCGAGCGUUCUCCAGUCCAAGGGUCUUCGCAGCUCAGGUGUGGGUACUUCGUUAGGCGGCGGCUCGGCCGGUACUGCUAGUACCAUUGCAUUCACUCCUGUCCAGGGUCUUGAGCUUGUUGAUCCUAAGGUGCAAGCCGAACUCAGUCGGAAGCGCAAAGCCGAAGAAGACCGUUGGUUCAACUCCGGUACAUUCACACAGGUUGGCGGCGGCCAAAGCAACCACCAAUCUAAGGAAAAGGAUGGAUUCAAGGUGCCGGCUCUUCCGCUCAAGAAGAAGGUGGAUACUGGGGAGGGCAAGAUGGGCCCACCUGCUAAACCAUAG